AUUAGCUUUCUCUCUCCCUCCUUAAAGAGAGUGGAAAAGAAAAACCUCUCUGUACCCUUUUUUUUUUAUUAUUUUAUUGCUCCGUAUCCUUAUUUUAUUUCUCUCUCUGAAGACCAAACCCAGAAUAACCAAACCCUUGUUUUUGCAUUUCCCUUCUCCUACAGAACCGAAAAUGGAGGCUUUGGACCCGACGACGUGUUUCCUGGUUGACGGCGACGACCUUCUCGACUUCUCAUUGGAGGGGGACGAAGAGGAGGAGAAGGACAGGAACCAGACCGCCGCCGCCGCCAUUGGCUACGGCGGCCCUACGCCUUCGAAGUUCGUUAACCCCGACGGCUUCCCUGAAGCUAUGGAGGAAGAGCUGGAGUGGAUAUCGAACAAAGACGCAUUCCCAGGUGUCGAAACGUGUUUUGGCAUUUUUGUGGACAACCCGUUAUUUCAUCAGAAGAGCCCGGUGUCUGUUUUGGAGAAUAGCAGCAGUAAUAACAGCAACAGCAAUGUCAAUAGCUCUGGGAAUGGAGUGAUUAGUUGCAAUGCCAGCUUGAAAGUCCCACUCACUUAUCCCAUGCGUCCUAGGAGCAAGAAUCGAAGACCGAGGAGGACUGGGUUUGGGGACUUCCCUGCCCAGAACUGCCUCUGGGCAAGAAAUAAGAACGAAGCAACAUUCCUAAUGCGCCCAAUAACAAUGGGGGAAGGGUCAACUGGGACUGCCACCAUUGGGAGGAGAUGCCAGCAUUGUGGGGUUGAUAAGACCCCACAAUGGCGAGCUGGUCCUACAGGGCCAAAGACUUUGUGCAAUGCUUGUGGAGUGCGGUACAAGUCGGGCAGGCUCUUGCCCGAGUAUCGCCCUGCCAACAGCCCCACCUUUUCCUCUGUGCUGCACUCAAACUCUCACCGGAAAGUUAUGGAGAUGCGGCGGCAGAAGGUGGUCGGAGAGGGACCAAAGCUGAUUUUAAUGAAGCCUGUGGAUAUAGUGUAGUAGCCUAGUAGUGGUGAGUAGUUCACAACAUCUUGUGCAACUUUUACUUUUUUUUCCAUUUCCUUUGAAAGUUUCAGUCAGUUUUAAGGCUUAGGGUUGUUGUAAUGGGCUAGGAUGGGUUAGGGAACCACAGUUGUUGCUCUGCUUGUGCUAUAAACAAUCUAGGGAAUUUUGAGCUUAGUUGUGAUUGGUCAUGAUGAUUAGAACAGAAUUCCAAACAGAAGUUUUCUAACAUAGGAGUGUAUGUGUUCAUGCUUUUUCUCAUUUACUCAAGUCUUCAUUUCCUCCCUUCAUUUGAAAUGAUGAAGCUGUGAAAAGGUAAACAUCUGUAAGAGAUAUGAUGUGAAAUUCUNAAGCUGAUUUUAAUGAAGCCUGUGGAUAUAGUGUAGUAGCCUAGUAGUGGUGAGUAGUUCACAACAUCUUGUGCAACUUUUACUUUUUUUUCCAUUUCCUUUGAAAGUUUCAGUCAGUUUUAAGGCUUAGGGUUGUUGUAAUGGGCUAGGAUGGGUUAGGGAACCACAGUUGUUGCUCUGCUUGUGCUAUAAACAAUCUAGGGAAUUUUGAGCUUAGUUGUGAUUGGUCAUGAUGAUUAGAACAGAAUUCCAAACAGAAGUUUUCUAACAUAGGAGUGUAUGUGUUCAU